AUGGAAAAGCUGCUGUUGUGGCUCCUGGUACUGUGGUCGGCCAGUCUGCAGGACGCUGUUAGGUACCAGUCAGAUGAAAAUGGCUCCUCCCUGAACCCAGAUCCAGUGGAUGGUGUGGCUAAAAUGACCGUAUCCAACAAAUCCAUCUCAACAGUCCGACGUGUUCUGCCUCCUGCUCAGUUCACUCUGAAAAGUCAGGUUAACUCAAAGCUCUCUGAGUUUGAUACUAAUGGCAAACAGCUAUGGGUGACAUGGCAGGGUUUUCUCCCCAAUGGCGCUGUUUCCAUUUAUAACAAGUACACUAAGCGCACCGACUAUGUCUGCAAAGUUCGAUGCCAUUCUGGCUUUUACAACCCCAGCAUCGGUGCUUACUGCCACUACCCUUAUAGAAAGAAAGAGCAUCUUUCCUCCUCCUUUCAAAUCCUUGUGAAUGAAGGUAACUUGGAGAUCUUCGAGUGGAAAGAGGAUUCGAAGGGUUCUGUUCCAAAGAAUUCAAUCAGAACCUGCUCCAGUGAAGAAAUCUAUGUAGGGAAGAACAAGUACGGUCUGGGGAUGGUGUAUCCAAAAGAUGGCCGCUUCUACCUUCCCUGGAAGGGUAAGCAAUGUCAGUACAAAAAAUAUGAGGUACUUACCAACAUGAAGGCUGAAAAAGAAAUUCUCUCUGAUGUCAAGUAUAGCACAGACCAAACUAAAAUUUUUAAGGAGCCUCCAAAAACCCUAAAAACCUCUACUGCUAUCAAUCAUGCCCUCAGUCCUGUGAAGAAAAUGGUGACCUUGACUCAGACAACCACAGAUGAGAGACGUUGGGACAUCAGCUCCUCCAUAAGUAUUGGUUUAAGAACGUCCAUCAAGACGGGCAUUCCUGGCAUUGUAGAAGGAAAUAUUGAACUCAGUGCUGAGACAACCCAUACGUUCUCAGGAGGAAACACCUGGAUAGAGGAAGUCUCCCACUCUGUCAGUUUGGAGCUAGAUGUGCCACCGAACCACAGCUGCCAGGUCAAAAUGGUUGGUUAUCGGUACAAAAUGGACAUUCCUUACUCCGCCCGCCUCAGUCGCACCUAUGAGGAUGGAGAAACCAGAUCUGUUACCAUCACUGGAACGUAUCAUGGAGUCCAAACCGGGGAGGUUGUGUCAGAGGUGGAACGAUGUAAACCAUUAUCUGGUUCCAUGCUGUUUCCUGAAAUGAGAUAAGAUAUCUGCAAUGUUGGAAAAGUUAGUGCAACUUUAUCUGCUAUUUCUCAAAGCUCCUCAGCUUCAUUUAUGCUUUUUCAUUCAUAUUCGUCAUAGAUGUAAUCAGUAGGGUGUAGGGUGCGUGUAUCGGUGCCGAUCUUGGUUCGACGUGCACAAAUUCAUAGAAGGUAAUUAUUAGGCGGAGCUUUAAAAAUCAAUGCCAGAAUAAAACAGAGAGGGCUCCAAACUCUCUGAAAUCUGCUGCUUGGGUACAUUAUGUUUUCUCAUUCAGCUACCAUGAUGAUGGUGAAGGAAAAGGUGAAUGAAACCAAAGCAUUUUUUCAACAGCAAUAUGGUAUGUCUCUCAGUUUAUACUCAAGUUAGUCACUCACCUAAACCAUGUUAAAAUAAAAGUAAUAAGAGGAAUCUGCCUGUAACGUUCAAUCAGUCCAAGACACCAGGAAAGUUUCACCAAAAGCUACGCUCCUAAGGUGCAUUCAGGUACAAUGGUACACAGGAUUGUCUAUGGAUACAAGUAAUGACAAAGUAAUCAAAUCAAAUAUUGAGAUAUUAGAAAUUUCUUUUAUAACAACUUUGACCAUUUUUGAUUUAUUUCAUUGUUGUUUGAUGAUUUUAUUAACUGAUAAAAAUCAAGCCAAGUCAGUUUAUCAUCUUCAUCACCAUCAUCUUCAUCAUCAUCACUUUUUUAGAAAAGUGAAACAGCAGCACCAGCAAAUAAUAGACUUAAAAAUCACAUUAUUAUCAAGAAAUCUUAACAUCAAUCUAAAGUGUCAGAUAAAGAAUAAAAAAUGUAUUGAAAUAUCCUGAACUGUGACUUAUGUGCAGAACCGUGGUUUUUGUGGACCACUACACCCCUAUUAAUCAUCUGUUGGUUAAUAAUAUUGAAAUUCUUGUGAACAGAUAAAUGACUGGACUAAAGGUUUUAUCUAAAAGUCUAUAAAAUGAUUACUUAGUUGAGUUUUUUUUUUCAUGUCUGACGAAGAAUAAACAUUUUCUAUUAAUAAUUAAAGUAUUUAAAGUUAAUCCAGAUCCAGUCAGUUACCUAUUUAUCAAUGUACAUUCUAUGCAAUUUCAAACCUCUUCUUUGUUAUUA